AUGGACCCAAUAUUUUACACUUUUCUAGGUAUGGGAAUUGGAUUCAUUGGAUCUUAAGUUGUCAUGAAUAAUUUCUUCAAAAAUAAGUAGAAUAAGAAUCGAUAAUAGAAUUAAGUUACCAAAAAAUAUAUACCUUCUACUCCUGAUAUGAAAAAGGCUUAUCAAUAAAAUUAAAUCCAUUCCUUAAUUAACAGAUAAUCUGAUGUGGAGGAUCAUAUCAGAAAAAUUGUCAAAAUUCAACCUCCUCCAGCAUAAUUUGAUAAAGAUGACGAGUUAUCUUUGGUAUAAGAUUCAGAAUAAGCCAAAUAAUAUCAAAUCAAUGAUUCUGAACGAAUUACAUAACCACAAACUCCUAACUUUCAGAACAAAUUAUAAACACAACCAAAUAUUAAAUUAUUUACCAAUCCUGACUAAAUACAAAAAAUUGCCACAUACCCUUUAAUUUUAAAAUAAAAUAAAUUUAGCGCCUCUUGUAAGUUUCUAUAAUAACUUAAGAAAAUUAACUCCCUUAGACUACAUCAUCAGAAAGCCAUUAAGAAUCAUCAGCUGAAAAUAGCGAUCAAGAUGAAUGA